AUGAGAUUCUUGUGCUUUUUAGUACUCGUCGGGCUGUCGACUGCAUCGUUUGAGCAGCGAGAGAGCAACGCUAGUGCUGCAAACAUUACUAGCGAGGUCUGCAAGACUACGACGACGACUACUGUUACGAGCGCGCUGAGCGCCGUGGAUGCGACAGGCUCGCGGCCUCUUCUCUUCCCAACCAGCCCGUCCCUCCGCCUGCCACUACCCUACUGGGACAACAGGACCAACGCGACCCGAAACUACUCCGCGCCCACCGCGCCCAGCGUUCCUUUCUCAGCCACAUCGAGCUGGAAAGAUGGCGCAAGAGAGAUGCUGAUGUACAAGACUCUGCUCGUCAUGGCUGUCUCCAUGUUUCCUGCAGCCUUGAUGCUCUGA